AUGACCCAUCACGUGGCCUGCUGGAACGCGCUCACGCUGAAACUUGAAGAAACUCAAGCACUCACUGUCCACGCUCUCCACCAGUACAAGGUCGAUGUGGCCUGCCUCUCGGAGGUUAAGCUUGCAGACCAUGGUCACAAGUCUAUCAAAGUACCUCUAUCUGACGCUGCCUAUCAUCUCUAUUACAGUGGACCCACGGAUGGAUCCGGGCGCCAUGGUGUAGCACUGGUCCUAAGCGAUCAAGCGAAUAACGCUCUCCUUGCCUGGGAACUAGUCUCUCCAUGUCUUGCCCGUGUCCAUCUGCGAGGAGCCCUGUUCAACAUAUCCAUAAUAGCUGUUUAUACCCCAACUCUUGAUGCUGAUGAAGUCACCAAGGCGUCCUUCUACGACAGACUCCAGGCUGUUAUGGACGGCAUUUCUCCUAGAGACUUUGUGGUUAUUGCGGGUGAUUUCAAUGCGCGAACUGGUACGGUGACGCCAAUAACAGACAUAUUGUCGGACCAUUCGCUAUCAGUGACCGCUGCUCGAACGGAGAGCGGCUGA